GGCAGCGAACAAUGGCAAGGAGAAAUGUAGAACCAGGUGUUGCCUUUGAACCAUCAUGUCAAACUCCCACUACCUUUGGAGCGUGGAAAGGCACUGUCAGAGCCUUGUAAGUCAAGAUGUCUUGGAACAGAAUAGGAUUUAAACUGACACCAAGCCAUAGAUGUCAAUCCACAUCAUGAAAUACAAUUCCAUCAGGAGCAAAGUGAUUAUGCUGCUAACAAUACGCAUCCAAGUGGCCACAGCUAUAACAUUGGCAUAACAGGUAGAGCAGAGCUCAACAGGUAUACCACAUGAAGAUGCAGCAGCAGCAACAAGUGGCUGAAUGAAGGCAACCUACCUUUCCCAAGAGGGGCUGCAGGAGAAACAAGGAAGGAGGAACAAAGAACACACUAAUUGCACACAUCCAAAGAAAACAGCUUUUAUCUCAAUACAGGAGUUGGAAAGCAUUUGAGUUGGAUUUUCAGUCAGGUGAAACAGGAGGGAUACUUCAACGUAUGAUACUCACAGCCAUCAUAGAUUACCUGCCAUGACUCAUGCUUUUUCUGCGUCAAAUCACAUGAGCUUCAAUUCAGAGAUCACUACUUUUUCAAGGUGCUGUCAACUUAGCUUCCGAGGGUCACAGUGUGACAUUCAUUUGUAGUGAGCCAUUCCGCAAGCUACCCCAACAUGUGCACAGCAUGACCAAGCCAGAGCCGACAGUGCUGAAGCUAGUCAAAUUUGUAUAUAUCAAAACCUGUAACGAGCUGAUUGAAUAUUUAUGCUCUUUCCAUAUGAUGCCAGUUGUCCCUGAUGCCCUCCUGGUAGAAGAUGUCACUUAUUAUACUGGGCAGAUGCAGGAUGCAGGCAGAGAAGUCAGCAUUGCUAGAAUUUUGGUGCACUUGAAAGAUGUGCAAGAAUUCAUGACGAAAAAAAGGUUGCCCAAUGACUUGAAAUUCCAGAUGCUCCUUUCAACCCAAGACAAGAACCCGAGUCAUCUUGCAGUAUACCAUAAGUUCUUUCAAGAAAUAUGGACAAUUUCUGUUUCAGGAAAUGCUUCGAAUAUAGAGCUGCAACUCUUCACUCGGAAUAAGGAUGCAGAGACAAUGAUAAUCACGCUGAAAGCUGAGGAGGAGCUGUGGGUUAAGGAGAUAUAUAGAACUGGUGGGGAAAAUGGAUGAUAACAGUUUAGAAACUACUGCAGAAAUCUCCCUCACAGAGAUGUGAUGUCACUUGAUGUAGUUGGAGACUGUGAUAAUCGCUCAACAGUUUGGAAAGGAAAGCCAAAAUGAUUGGACCAGUGUUCCCCUAAAUCACUUGCUCUGCUAUCUCAAAUUCUAUAUUAGCAGCUAUCCAUCUUUUGUCAAGAAAAGAGAAAAAGGUCUCCCACUCUGGCUUGUUCGUGAUCAGGCAAAACAGCUACAGGUUGUCUCGGAUUUACUAGUGUUUACCAAAGAUUUAUGGUGUUUUGAAACAUUGUGUUGAUGAAAUGAAUCAGAUAUGAUAUUGUUAGCUUCUGUUCGAUUGUUUUUAAUCACUGUGUAGAACAAUGAUAUUAUCUCCCAGUAUGUGUAAUCUUUCAAUCAUCCAAUGUAUCAUUGUGGUAUUUCUGGUAAUGUAGGUGAUGUAGAAGAUGCUAAAUAAAGUGUACAUGUACUUGUAAAUAUCAA